GCUCUCGAGUUCUCGCGGUAUUUCGGGCCCUCUCGCGGGAGUAUCGUUGUGAAGGGCUGCAGCAGAGCUACAGGAUCCACCGGCAGAAUGGCGUUCACAUGUGACCAGUGUGGGAAGACGUGGACCAAGGCUUCAGCUCUCAAAAUCCACUACAGAAUUCACACAGGAGAAAGGCCAUACAGCUGUGACCAGUGUGGGAAGAAGUAUAAACAGUCUGGUAUACUCAAACAGCACAUGAGGAUCCACACAGGAGAGAAACCAUUUGAAUGUGACCAGUGUGGAAAUGCAUUCAUCAGUGCUUCAGCACUCAAAGAACACUACAGAACUCACACAGGAGAAAGGCCAUACAGCUGUGACCAGUGUGGGAGAGAGUUUAAAAAGUCUGGUAUACUCAAAGAACAUAUGAGAAUCCACACUGGAGAGAGGCCUUAUGAAUGUGACCAGUGUGAUAAGGCAUUUAAGCAGUCUGGUUCACUCAAACAACAUAUGAGAAUCCACACAGGAGAGAAACCAUUUGAAUGUGACCAGUGUGGAAAGGAAUUUAAACUUUCAGGUGCACUCAAACAACAUGUGAAAAUCCACACUGGAGAGAGACCAUUUGAAUGUGACCAGUGUGGGAAGGAAUUUAUACGGUAUGCUGUCCUCAAAGCACAUAUGAGAAUUCACACAGGAGAGAAGCCAUUUGAAUGUGACCAGUGUGGGAAGGAAUAUAAAUGGUCUGGUGCGCUCAAAGCACAUUUGAGAACCCACACGGGAGAGAGGCCAUUUAAAUGUGACCAGUGUGAGAAGCAAUUUAAAUGGUCUGAUAGCCUCCGUAAACAUAGGGGAACCCACACUGAAAAAUCAUACAUAUGUGUCCAAUGUGGGAAAGUGUUUUCUGAUUCAUCAUAUCUCAACCAACAUAUGAGAACCCACACAGGAGAGAAGCCAUUUGAAUGUGACCAGUGUGGGAAGGAAUUUACACAGUCUGGUUCACUCAAAUAUCACAUGAGAAUCCAUACGGGAGAGAAACCAUUUGAAUGUGACCAGUGUGGGAAGGAAUUUACACAGUCUGGUACACUCAAACAUCACAUGAGAAUCCAUACGGGAGAGAAACCAUUUGAAUGUGACCAGUGUGGGAAGGAAUUUACACAGUCUGGUUCACUCAAACAUCAUAUGAGAACUCACACAGAAGAGAGGCCAUUUGAAUGUGACCAGUGUGGGAAGGAAUUUAAACGGUCUGGUGCACUCAAAGUACACAUGACAACCCACACAGAUGAGAGGCCAUUUGAGUGUGGCCAGUGUGGGAAGAAAUUUACUCGUUCUGAAUUACUCAAACAACAUAUGAGAAUCCACUCAGGGGAGAAACCAUUUAAAUGUGACCAGUGUGAGAAGCAAUUUAAAUGGUCUGAUAGCCUCCGUAAACAUAUGAGAACCCACACCGAAAAAUCAUACAUAUGUGUCCAAUGUGGGAAAGUGUUUUCUGAUUCGUCCAGUCUGAAUAAACACAUGAGCGUUCACACCUGGCUCAGACUAUACGAGUGUGACCAGUGUGAAAAGACUUUCACAACAUCACAGCAGCUCUCCAGUCACUACCGAACGCACACAGGAGACAAACCAUAUGACUCUGACGAGGGGGAAGGCUUUAAGACCUAUGAGGAACCAUCUGAAACAUCUCCAAAUCUUCCAGAUGGACACACUAAUGGAGACAGAGCUGCUGAGGCUGGAUCAUGUGAGCCUAAAGUCAGACUCAAAAAGCUCCAGAUCAGACUUCAGAGACUCCAGACUGUGGAGCUCAACUCUGUGUAGAGUCAACAUAUCUUUUUUGGAUUUGGACUUUUACAUUUUUGUAAUUGUUUUUUUUUUUUUUUACAUAAAGCUUGAGGUUUAAUCUUUUCAAGAAUACUGUUGUAAAAAUUUCAAGUGAAAGGUAAAAUAAAGUGUUUUAGAUCAACU